CUCCGACCAUGACUCUCGCUUCACGUUUCCUCGUAUCCAUGGUGUUGCUCUGCUUGGCUCUCGCCACUCCUAUCGCAAAUGACACGCCCGGUCUCCGUCAUGCCCCGAUAAUCAGCCAUCACAACCCAACAGAUUCAAGCAUUGUAAUAGAGCACCAGUAUCCAGACCAUCAGUUCCAACCCGACAGAGGUGUUCAUCUAGGCGAAGUCAUCGACCCGCGGUGACGGGCUGGGGAGCAUGGAGUUCGGUUGCCGGGAAUCAUAUCUAGAGCUGCCGCAUCACCCGACAGAGUUAAAUCCUCAAGCUCACACGCACGGAGAGGGAUCAUCGCCGAGGGCUCACUGAUAGCAGUUAGACAGGACUAAAGGGCAUCGCCCAGAGGUAAUGGUUGACGAGAGACUUGUUCAUGGUGUGAUUUUCGAGCUUGCAAGUCCCCUGCAUCCGAGCUGUGGUCUGGAUGCUUUGUAGUUGGUAGUAUAGCUCUUAGGAAGAAGCCUGCGCUCCGCGUUUCCAUCAAUAAGC